GCCAGUAUGAAUUGGACUCAAAAUGUGUUUUGGAAUUUUAAUUAUUCUUGUAAAUAUGGCCAAGAGAACGAUACUUCCAAAGGACCACAAUUUGACCUAGUCACUCUAACAAACAAUACUUUGUUCUGUCAAAAGGACCCGCAAAAUAGAUCUGCAGACUUAGGAUGUAGAAAUAUAACAGGAAUAGGAUAUAGUUGGAAUUAUUCAGCAACUACCACAUACAGUGGGACUGUUUGGAGCCAAGGCUCAAAAAGAAAUUGUGGUUCUGGUCCUGGUUUGGAAAUAUAUCAACAUGGUCUGAAAAUGACCAAGGCAUCUUGUAGAUUGCCCCAUGGAUGGUGGUGGUUAUGUGGAGAUGGAUAUGCGCGAAAGAUACUACCUAAAGAAUGGUAUGGCGUGUGUACAGCAGGACAUCUAAACACCCAGGAUACUCUACAUAACCACUCCCAGAUACCCCGAGGAUUUGUGAGGAGCUUAUUACUAAAAGUACAAAAACGAACCUCAAAUCCUUUGAUAGAACAACCCUCAGGAUUUCAUAGUUUUGUAUGGUGGUUAUUCCCCAUGCUAGGGGUCAGUGAGUUGGAAAAAACAAUUGUAAACAUCUCUGCUACCUUAGAUGAAAUAUUUAACACCUCUACGAAUGCUAUUGCUAAUAUGCAAGUCGAAAUCGCUUCCCUAUCACUAGUAGUGGUACAGAAUAGAAUGGCCCUAGACAUAUUAACUGCAGAAGCGGGAGGAGUGUGCACGGUAAUUAAUCAGAGCUGUUGCAGCUAUGUUAAUCGAGAAGGGCAGAUUGAAAAGGACUUGCACAAAAUAUGGGAAAAGACUAGGAUUUUCCAUGAAAUUAUUAAGGACAAUAUGGAAUGGGGCUUUACAGAUUUAUGGGAUAAAUUGACUUCUUGGCUUCCUAAUUUUGGAUGGUUAAAACAACUAUUUAUCGGAUUAAUUACUCUGGCAAUUUUAGGAAUAUUUGUGUGUGUGCUUUUCAAAUGUUUUCUUUGGUGUUGCCAGAAUUGAGCUGAAACAUAUAGUGACUAGAAAAGAAAUAAGAUUAGACAUCAGGUGGAAACAGGAAAAUAUUUUGCUCAGACUCUUGAAAAGGAUGGAAUGUUAUAGAAUAUUGCAAAAGAAUUUGCAAUGACAAAGAAAAAGGGGGGAUUGAAGCAAAAGCUUGAUGGAAAUUUAC